AGAAGGAGACAAAAGGUGGAAGACAAUUGCUGUGCGUCGUCUUCAUGCCCUCUCUUCGGAGAGAGAGAGAGAGAGGUUUGGCUUUGAUCAUCGGAAGAUAUUUGCAUUCGGAAAAGCGAUCAAUGCCGGUUUUUUAACUCUCUUUCUUUUCUGCCGAGAAUCAAUUCCUGUAUUGGUUAUUUGCUUGAAAUGAACGGUUCUCUGGGAUUUAAGAGCUUAUAAGUUCUUAGUUUUGAUGUAAUUUAUGCCCUAGCUCAAAUUUUGCGAAAGUAUUAGUGAAAAAUUGUAAAGACAUGAGCUGGAAUCCACCUAUGGAAGUUCAUUACCAAAACCACCCCACACCCUAUAACUCAAUUGGAAGCUUUGUGGAUUUUUUUGGAGGUCUUACUUAUGACCAUGUAAAUUACAUAUUUGCAGAUGCUAAUUACAUUCAGGAGAAUGGUUAUAAUGCCUACCCAGCAACAAAUACAAGUUUGUACAAAUUUGCUGUAUCUGAACCUGGAAGCUUCUCAUACUAUGAAUAUGGAAAUGGCUAUGUAGUUGAUAAUCAUAUCCCAGGUAGAGAAGAAUACAGCGAGCAUCCACAGAAUACCUCUGUGGUGGCGGAUGAUCAGGCUGCUGUUUCAAAUGUACACCAGGAAGGAAAUUCUGUCUCCACCUCGCAUGCACAUCUUGUAGAAUGUCCUAGGAAUCAUCAAGAUGCUCGUGAUACUGAGGUUGUUUGGCAAGAUAGUAUUGAUCCUGAUAACAUGACAUAUGAGGAGUUACUCGAGCUAGGAGAGGCUGUUGGGACUCAAAGCAGGGGUCUCUCCCAAGAUCAAAUUGAUUUGCUUCCAAUAUCAAAGUUCAAGUGUGGCUUUUUCUUCAAAAGGAAAUCAAAAUGUGAAAGGUGCGUGAUUUGCCAGAUGGAGUAUAAGCGAGGCGACAAGAGAAUCACUCUUCCUUGCAACCAUAUUUACCAUUCUGUUUGCGGCUGCAAAUGGCUUAGCAUCAAUAAGGCUUGCCCAAUUUGUUAUAAGGAGGUGGUCAUCCAUGUUCCCCGGCACUGAUACCUGAUUUCUCACAAUACAAUACUGCAUGGCUUACUCUAUCUCCUUUGCUUCCUUGCAAAUUCCCUUGGAUUGAUUUCUCCAAAGAUAAGUGUCCCUGUUUUUUUGUUCCUUGUUAGGUUCUUAGAUGAGAUUGGGUGAUAUGUCGCUUGGGUGAUAUGUCGCUUGGGUGGGAGUAUUGUUAUGCUUCAUAAUUAUGCCUUCUAUGUUCGAAAGAAUUACAUGGCCUCUGCUCCCGUCCGUCUUUCGAUUACUCGUAAUAUCCAUGUUGAAGAAGUUGCUGAUU